AUGUCGAGGACUCUUCCGACCUCGACGCUACGAACUUUGGCACGCUCGCAGCGGGCUCCUUUGGUCCAUUCGAAGCCGUGCAGGCACUUCUCUACUACCAGGCAGCCCUCGCAGAAAGCUACCAAUCCAGCGUCUUCCCCUUCUCGUCGUGGGGCGAAGCGUCCUGGUACCCAGCUUCUCGUCGCAGCCGCGGCCCUCGCUCUAAUCUAUAUCAGUACCAGGUCGCCUGCCCCAGCGCAAGCAGAAGCACCUGCUCAGGAUGCCCCGGAACUGCUGAUCGAGAGGUCGAAGAAGAAGAAAGGAUUGUCGAAAGAACAGAACAGGGAUCUCAUUAGCUCACAGCAUCUGCAAGUCAAGAAGAGCUGGGAGAAUCCGGGUGUCUACGCCUGGGGAUCGAACACAGGUCGGGUCGCCGCACCAGACUCGAACGAGACGUAUAUCAAGACGCCGCGGAGGCUAAGCUGGUUUGAUGAUGUCCUACUGCGAGAUCUCAAGCUUGACAGGACCUUCGGCGCCGCAGUGCUGGAGAAUGGCGAUCUCGUGCAAUGGGGCAAUGCGUAUUCAGAGGACAUCCGCCAGCCAACAGUCACCUUGAAAGGCAAGGAUCUGACGUCGAUUGCUAUUUCCAAGGAUCGAAUAAUCGGUCUGGGCAAAAGCGGGACUGUCUACUCCGUCCCAGUCUCAAAAGCGGACCAAGAAAAUGGACACAAGCAGACCGAGGGUUCCUGGAUCCCAUUCUGGAGCUCGACCUCCGCAAUCAGCUACAGGAAGCUAGAACCCAAGGGCUUGGGCUCGCGCGAGAAGGUGACUGCCAUUAGCGGUGGUCUAGAACACGUCCUCCUUCUCACAUCGGCCGGGCGAGUCUUCUCCGCCGCGUCGGGGACAGAGGAUUUCCCCAGUCGUGGCCAACUCGGAGUCCCCGGUGUAACAUGGCUCACUCGCCCCGAAGGGCGCUACGACAUGUGUCACGAACUGACCACCUUAAAGGGCUUCGACAUCGCAAAGCUCGCCACCGGAGACCACCACUCACUCGUUCUUGACAAAGAAGGCAGAGUCUUCGCGUUUGGAGACAACUCCUCUGGCCAACUCGGCUUCGAUUAUAAUCCCGAAGCACCCUUCGUUGAUACACCCUCUCUUUUACCCACAACUCGUCUAUACCAAGGAACUAAUCAGAAACCUCGUGUCACGUCUAUCGCCGCCGGUGGCCAAAACAGCUUUUUCACCGUGGAAGCCACCCGGGUCGCGGGCCCCGAUGAAGAUCAGUCUUCCAUCCCGACCCUGGGCAAAGUCACCGCAGACACCUGGGCAUGCGGUACCGGCAUCAAGGGAACGUUAGGGAACGGGAGAUGGACGCAUAUCCAGGGAACACCGACGAAGGUCCCCGCACUCUCGGGUAUGUUCGAAUACGACGAGAAGACCCGCAAGGUCGUCCCCAUCCGCAUGUCCCAGAUCUCUGUUGGGAGCACCCACGCCUCCGCCGUCCUAGACAACGUCACGUAUCUCAACGCGAGUGAGAAAUCCUCCGAGGACGAUACAAAUUGGGGCUCUGACGUGCUCUGGUGGGGAGGCAACGAGUUCUACCAGUUGGGGACAGGCAAGAGGAACAACAACCCCACCCCGGUGUAUAUCAAGCCCUUGGACACGGCGAGUGAGGUCGAAGCGGGAAGGAAAGAGGAGCACAGACUCCACUUGACGCCGAUGAAGAAUGUCAACGUCAAAGGCCGGAAGGUUCGGAUGGAGCAGAGAGUCGAGUGCGGGAGGAAUGUGACUGCUGUUUAUUCAGGGGUUUGA